AUGUCGUCAUCCAAACGUGAAGUAUUUGACUCGGACGACGACGGCGACAACCUGAGCCCGCUAAGUAUUCCGCUGGCCAGUCCGCAGUUGUCGCCGCGUCCUUUUUUGCCGUUUGCGACAAUGGCGACAACGGCGACGGCCGCAACGCCAAAUUUGCCGGCUACGAGCACCUCGACAGACCCCUCCUUCUUUCGCGAUGUCUACGAGGAGCAGCGGAGGACUAUCGGAGCGCAAUUGGCGCCACAGCACGCCGAUCUUGACGACAACCACCGUCUUGGCUCCACUGUGAGCGUGUCUGUUGACAAAGGUGGCCGUGAUCCCUGGGCGGUGCCCAGCAGCCCGAUCGAAGUCGCCGGUCAGCAGCGCGGAUCCUACCUGAAGCGGAAACGGGAAGAGGGUGACCGACGACAACAACAACAACAUCAACAGGCCAAGAGGCAAAAGAAUGCCUCGGUUGUUGUGCAGCUCGACGACCUCAGCAGCGGCCAUGCGUCGGAGGCGGCAAAGACCAAGAAGCAGAAGACGGCAGACGAGACCAAUACCGAAGGCAACACAGUCGUCGAGACCAUUUCCAUUCCCCUCGAGCCCUUGACUCCAAGCCGCUUGCACCAGUAUCCGCGACUGCUCAGCAGCAGCAUCAACGACGACGCCCUCGCCGCGGCACACGAUCCAUCUUUGCCGAGGCAGCAUGGCCUCGACCUUGGUCUGGAGACUGCUGGUGCUGCUGUUGGGGCUUCGACUCACAAAGACUCCUGUGAGAAUCGUUUGCCACAACCCGAGGAUGGCACACAAAGUACGAUUGCAUUCACGACACCGAGCCUAUAUAAUUCCUCGGGGCGGCGUGUUCCCGGUAGCAGCAAUAAUAUCACCGGCAACUCCAUCUUGAGGCAGAUCAAAAGCAGCAUGGGUCAUGAUGGGGAUAUUGUCCUAGAGGAGGUUGCAGCAGUCGCCACACAAAAUCCAACGCCGUUGAGGCUGUCCCGCAAAACAGCCGAUGUGGCGCAGAGUGAGGCUGUUCAUGAGUUCGAUGCGUCGUACGACUCGUUAAAGGAAAUGAAGCUCGUGAAAACGAAGACAAAGAAAAAGAGCCCCCAAAAGAAGCCUCUCAAGAAAAAGGCCGUUUUUAUUGCGGCAUCAGACGAUGAAGACGAUGACAAAAACGUUGCUAUGAACCCGCCACCAGCCGACAGUGAAAACGACUUCCCUGACGGCCAUGUCAAGAGCAAAACACCAGGAAAGCGCAAAAGAGGAGCUAAGAAAAGAAUGGAAAAGGCGUCUGUUGAGCUGCGGCUGGAACCCGUUCAACCAAAGCCCAACAACACCAAACGGCCACGAGGUCGACCAAAACGGCAAAAGGCGCCCCCGCCAGAAGAGGAGACCGACGAGGACAUUCUGGCCCAGGGCAUUGUGGAGGACGAGAUGGCCUACGAGUCCGAACAGCCCCUGACGGACACAGACAUGGUCGCACCGGACUCGGAAUCCGACAGCGAAGCCGACUUGCAACCACCUACACCUGUCAAGGCUAAGGGCAAAAGGGGGAAGGCAGGCAAAAAAGCUGUCGCAAAGGAUAAGAAGGGGAGCAAGGCCGGCCGAGGGCGCAGGGCCGCAGGGGUGGACGUUCAGCACAUAAUCAGCCAAGAGGCAGUGGACGAAAAGCCGGUUCUUGGUAAGACCAGUGGCAACACGUCCGCGAUCAGCUCCUUGAAGGCAGAGGCGGUCGAUGCAGGAGACGACCUAAAAGAUCAAAGGACAGCGGUUGCUGCCAAAGAGGAGGAGCCACCUCUUCGAAAUACGCCGGCGCCGGAGCGGGGAUUGCUCAGCACUGGGCUCAACACCACUGCCAGCCAGGGGCGAGUGCCGUACCGAGUUGGCCUCAGCAAGAAGUUUAGGAUUGCGCCGCUCCUCAAGAUGAUACGAAAGUGA